AAAUGGUCUCCAGCACUCGGGCAAAAACACCAAUCACCCCAGUCUGGCUUGGCUACUCUUGGUGACUAGGUACCAGUGAUGACUUGGAAACUGUUGUCUUUGGUAUCAUUGGCCUCAGUAUACAAUACCAUAGUGUGAGGAGUGGAGGAAGGAGGAGUAGACGAAGAAGACGCAGAAGGAGAGCCAGAGGACGAGAGUGGAAACACCAUCCGAGUAUUUCUGACCCCUCGGGAGUCGUCGGUGACCAGUCUUGGUGAUCACAGCCCACUCUCAGCUCUUCCAGGAUCUCCACAUCUCCACUUGGUCCAUUCUGGAGACAACAUCAGAAUCACUCGGACGAUUGUAUAAAGUCUAGAGUUUCGUAUUGACGAAUUCCGUGAGAAGGAAAAUGGCUCGAGGAAAAAUGACGAAAACAAAACUAGUUCCACCGGACGGUGGAUGGGGAUGGGUUGUCCUGGUAUCAGCGUUAUCAGUGAAUUUCCUGAUCCCAGGAACCGUAAAAUCCUUCGGUGUCCUCUUUGUUGAGUUUCUCCAGGUCUUCAAGGCAUCACCCACGUCAGCAUCCUGGAUGCCUGCUCUCUGCUACUUCCUCUACAGUUCGCUGGGACCACUAUCCAGCGUUCUCUCCAUGAAAUAUUCCUAUAAAACUGUUACGCUAAUCGGUGGAGCCUUUGCCGCCAGUGGAAUGAUGCUCAGUUACUUCGCAACUUCCGUGUCCUACCUUUACAUUAGCUAUGGAGUUAUGGUGGGCAUUGGUGCAGGCUUGACUUUUCCACCGACUGUUUACAUCGUAACCGGAUAUUUUGAGAGACUCCGUGGUUUUGCCACUGGCCUCUGCAUCUCCGGAAGUGCAAUUGGAACAAUUGUUCUUCCACCGUUCCUGCAGUUUCUCCUGAAUCACUUCGGCCACAGAGGGGCAGUAUUGAUAAUGGGUGCAAUUACCCUGAAUACCCUGGUGUGUGCCUUCCUCUAUCAUCCGGUGGAGGAGCACAUGAAGGAAGUGCCCAUUGAAGGAAUCGACAAUGAGGCAUUGACUCUUGAGGAGCAAACAAAGUCCACCCAAAUGAUAAUCGAAAAUAUAAACGAGAUAAAGCCAGCGAUUGUAGCACCUCAAGUGCACCUGGCAGAUCUCUCAAAAGAGCUAGAGCGAAAACUCAGUGUCACCGAGACACCGGGACCAGAAGCCCCAACGGAGGUGAAAUCUGAAUCGAAAAGACCGGAGGAUUUAAAGAUCGUCCUGGAAGACGUCGAUCUGAACACGAAGAAUAGCCUGGACGAGUCGAAAGAGUUGAACGAAUCGAACGAGUCGAAUGAGUCCAACGAAUCCUCAGAACCUGAAAAAGAAGUGUCAAAAACAAUGACAGGUGUCAUGACCCCACCCUUGAGUCGCGCUAAUUCAACGAGAAAGAGUGUAAAGAGUGGAUUCCACCUGUCCCGUCAGCACAGCAUUGUCUCGGAUAUGGGACCGAUAGCUCUGACUCCUCGCAUGAACGUUCCCAAUAUGUUCAGAAGACUCUUCAAGACUCAGGAGAGGAAGAAGAGAAAAUCCAGGAGCAAUGCCAAAGCAGAGAGCCCGGAGGUGGCUAAAGAGUCAUCUAGGAAAAACUCCAACACAUCAGACAGCUCCAGCACCGAGAGCACAUCAUCCAGGAAGUUCUUUGACUUGUCUGUUCUCAGGGAUCCUAUUUACCUCGUCAUCUUGAUAUCCAACUCAACAUCGGCCAUCAGCAACACGAAUUUCAUGAUUCUAUUGCCAUCGUACGCCAUCUCCGAGGGAUUUGACAGGAAUUCAGCUGCUCUGCUCCUGUCCAUUGUCUCAGCACUCGAUCUUGUUGGGAGAAUUGGUGGAGCUUCGUUAUCGGAUAUUGAUUUUAUACCAAAGUAUUAUUAUUUUGUCGGGGGAUUGGGCCUCAGUGGAAUUGCCCUGGCACUUCUACCGAUGGCCACGACCUACACCAUGCUCUCGUUUUUCUGUGCUUUGUUUGGUCUGUCUUCUGGAAUGUACAUUGGAAUUACUACUGUUAUUCUUGCUGAUAUGCUGGGGACUGAGAAGUUGAGCUCUUCUUAUGGAAUCUCUCUGUUUGUUAAUGGAGUACUUCAGCUUAUUGGGCCUCCUGUCUGUGGAGUUAUAUAUGAACAUGUGGGGACUUAUAAACCCAUUUUUCUCGCUUUUGGAAUUAUUCUCAUACUGGGGACUGCUCUCUGGGCUGCUGUUCCCAUUAUCAGGAGGAACAAGAAGGAGAUCGAUGUGGCUUGAGGGAAGGGCUGGGAAAUUCUGGUCCUCCUAGGUUCAGGGAGAUAUUUCACGAGGGGAAAAUUCAAUUAGAAAUUUAAUGAAUUCGGGGAAAAAUUUCACGGAAUUUCUGGGGUUUUCUGAAAUUUUAUUAGUUUAUUCUUCUUAUCAUUUUAUCAAGAAGAUUAAACAAGAAAAUUUGAAAAUAUGGGGAAUGAAAAUUCUAUAAAAUAGUUUCAACGAAAUAUUUCAAUCGAAUCAUUCGACUGAUUGGAAAUUUGAGAUAAUUUUUCAACGAAUUCGAUAGGUUUUUCUGUUAAAUUCUUUCACUCGUGUGUACAAAAUUUUGUAAGGAAAGCCUAGAGUUAUUGUAUUGGAGUUUGGGAACAUUUUUGGACUGGAGAUGAAAAUUCAACAGGUUUACAUUUUUAAUUAGAAAUUCCGAGAGUGAAAUGCAAGAGGAAAAUGAGAGAUUGAAUUUUUUCUAUAGGAAAAUAUUGAAAAAUUUGAGGUGAAAUUGUAAAAAGGAAUAUCUGAAGAGAACUCUAAUAGAAUUUCUCGGAGGAAGCACAAGGUCUUUCUAUAACAUUUUUUCAUACGUUUUUAGCAUGCCAUAUGGAAGUUAAUUCAUCUUAUUAUCGUAAUAUUCGUUUCAUUAUUUCAAUUCAGCGUUUUUAUCAUUUGUAUUUAUGUCUAGUCAUGUAUGUUAAGGAAUUGUACAAAAAGUAUGGGGUCUUCAGGCGCUUCGAGUGCUCAGAGAUAGUCCGUCCAUUUCGGGGGGGAUUUAUUUGGAUAGGGAGCUUGGUCUCUCAUCUGCAUUUCACAUUUUGCAACUUUUAUCAAAUGAAAAAUCGUCAGAGAUUAAAGAAUAAUAACUGAAAUCCAAUCUAACGUGUGACUAUCAUAAGAUAUAAAUUAACAGAAAAAUCUGGCAUUUUCCGGAAGAAAUUCUAUUCAAUCCAAUUAAUUAUUAUUAAUCUAUUCAACAAUCUAUUAAUAUUCUAUUUAUAAAUCAAUGGAUAUAGUCAAUAGAUUUUCAAUUAUCUACAAAAUUUCUUCAACGUAAAUUGUCCUCGUCGUUAAAUAGUAAACAGAUAUAAUUGUUUUAGAGAAAAUUAUUAACAGAAUUAGCAGAAGAAAGUAAUUGAAAUAUUUAAUAGAAUUUCUUAGAGAAAGUCAUAGGUUUUUCUAUUAAUUUGUUUACAUGAAUUAGAAAACUCUUAUAAACAAAAUAUUUCAGCGACGUUUAAAAAAAUAAAUAAAAAAACGACUUGUCUGGCCUCAAUGCCAUUCAUCAGAGACUAUAAAAAAAACUCGGAUGUGAAUGGACUAAUGAGAAUUUAACGAUUAGUGUAUUCUUAUGCUGCACUAUUAUGUACUCAAAAUAAAUUAAUAAUAAUCGAAAAUAAAAAUCAACCAGAAAUUUAAUUAUUGGAAUAAGUGAUUGUUCGAUAUAUUGACGCUCUUCAUAGAUCGAAUUUUUUUUUAAUUUCAUUAAUUGAUGUUUAAUUAAUAAAAAAUAGUGCCAAAUCUUUUCAUCGAGAAUUUUGCCGAUUUUUUCGGCCUCUGGGAGCCCCGGAAAAUUAUAAACAAUUAAUCUCUUAGUAUGACUCACUGUCACUUUAAUUAACUGCACUGGUAUGACUUAGAUUAAUCAUAAUUAAGAUGUAAUGGAUUAUUUGAAAAUGUCUCUUGUGAUUGCGUGUCGUACGUGUCAAUGAAUGAAACUUUAUUUUUUCCCUGCAGUUUUUUUUUUCUCUUGCAACUCUUGACUUCUCAGUUUUAUACAUUUUUAAUGAGAAAUGGUAGGAGUAAACAGGAUGAAUGCAAAUAAAUAAAUUGAGUGUAUUAUUUCAUUUCGAAUAAUAAUUUUAAUGAAUUACUGAAAAUAAUAUUUCAUCAACCAUCUCCUAUAUCCAUAUCUACAAGAAAAAAAAUUUCUUCUCUUCAACUCUAUGAUCGCAAUCUCUACUUACAACCAUUUACAUGGCAAAAUAAUUAUUCACUUGUCUGAAAAAGCACCUUCAAUUAAACUGAAUUUUACAGUUAUUUUCAUUUGAAAAAUUCACGAAUUCCCGUGGCAUUGGAAUUUUUAGUUAAUCAAUUGGGGAAUUAACAAAAAUAUCAGUUUCAUUUUAAUUUGGAAGUAAAGGAAAUUUAACUAUUUACAAAUUUGUUCCACUGGACAAUUCUGUCCUUUUUUCAAUCUUUCAAUUCAUAUUUUGGCUACUGAUAGUCACGCGUGAAUAAUUUCAACAGAAAAACGAAUUUAUCAAGAAAUUCUAUUCGAAUUCUCGAAAAAAUCACAUUUUGUUAAAUUUGUUGUAUCAUGUCUUGACUUUCCAAUUAUUUGCACUGUAUUUUUAUUUUCCUCAUAAUAAAAUUCAAAAAAUGGAAAUUCUAUUCUAGUAGAACUCUUGAAGAACUUCAAUAAAUUUUUAUAAACUUCCAAUAGAGAUUCAAUAGAAUUUCUUGUAGAAACUGUCAGGUUUUUCUAUUAAAUAUUUUCACGUGUAAUUCGUUUGUGAAUUCUUAAUUCAUGAUCUACACAUUCACAUGAAUCUAAUUAUUACUCAACAUUUCGCGCAAUGCAGAGGAAAUAGCCGUCCACCGAUAAAUUUUUUAGUUGAAUUCAAUGAUUUGUGUCUUCUGAGAUAUUGUGAUUGUUUCAUUGGACAAAAAAUAAUCACCUGAACUAUUUCAACAAUUCUAACUUUAUGAUGAUUCUUCUUACAGCUAGUCAUUUCUCCAUUGCUUUAUAUACAUUUAAUAAUUUGCACC